AUGUCUCUCGAACCCAUAGCCAUUGUCGGAACAGGAUGUCGCUUUCCUGGAUCUUCCUCCUCACCGGCUCGUCUCUGGGAUCUUAUUCGGAAUCCGCGAAAUGUCGCCUCCAAAGUUCCCAGUGGCCGAUUCAACGUGGAUGCAUUUUACCAUCCAAACAGUCAACAGCACGGCGCAACAAGCGUGACCGAGUCGUAUUUCAUAGAGGAAGAUAUACGAGCCUUUGACGCUCCUUUCUUCAACAUCUCCCCAGCGGAAGCAGCUGCCCUGGAUCCGCAACAACGCCUGCUUCUAGAGACUGUUUAUGAUUCCCUCGAUGCCGGCGGGCAUAGACUCGAUCUCUUACAGGGAUCACCUACGGGGGUCUACUGUGGCUUCCUCCGUACCGAUUACAGCCAGAUACAAUUUGCAGAUCCAGAUUCGAUUCCUCCGUACACGGUCACCGGAAACUCACCCGCGAUCAUGGCAAACCGAAUCUCAUACUUUUUCAACUGGACUGGGCCAUCAUUCUCUGUGGAUACCGGAUGCUCCUCCAGCUUGCUGGCUGUUCAUCUGGCUGUCGAGGCAUUAAGAAAAGGUGACUGUGCGAUGGCCGUCGCGGUGGGAAGUAAUCUAAUUCUAUCUCCAAAUCCCUAUAUAGCCGAUGCAAAAACAGGGAUGCUAUCUGCUACAGGCCGGUCGCAGAUGUGGGAUGCAUCCGCCGAUGGCUACGCGCGAGGAGAGGGGGUUGCCUCGGUGGUUCUAAAACGACUGAGCGAUGCUAUUGCUACCGGGGACGAGAUUGAGUGUGUGAUUCGGGCUACAGGAGUGAACAGCGACGGUCGGACAAUGGGUAUCACGAUGCCGAACGGAGAAGCACAGCAGCACCUGAUCGAGUCGACUUACGCCAGUAUCGGUCUUGACCCAAAGAAUGCCCAGCACAGAUGUCAAUAUUUUGAGGCGCACGGGACCGGGACGCAGGCAGGAGACCCCCAGGAAGCCAGUGCUAUUUAUGGGGCUUUCUUUGGGGAUGCCGCACCGGAAGACUCUCAAGUCCUGCAUGUUGGUUCGAUCAAGACUGUGAUUGGUCAUACAGAAGCGACAGCUGGCUUGGCUGGGCUGAUCAAGGCGUCAUUGUGUUUGCAGCAUGGGGAGAUUGCUCCGAACCUGCUGCUCUCCUCGCCCAACCCUCGGAUCGUACCUUAUCUAUCUCGACUGCGAGUGCCAAAUGAACGUGUCCCAUGGCCGAGCCUGCCACCCGGGGUACCUCGCCGCGCAUCAGUGAAUUCAUUUGGCUUUGGCGGUGCUAAUGUCCAUGCCAUUCUCGAAAGCUAUGCUCUACCAUCCUCAACUCGGCGCCGCAGAGAAGAUGAAGUGGGCGCUUGCCUUCUCCCUUUUGCUGUUUCGGCAGCCUCUGAACUCUCAUUAGGAAUGGUGCUGAAGGAUCUCCUCCAAUUUCUCGAUGACAACCCAACGAUCAACCUCACGGACCUUGCUUUGACCCUGAUGACACGGCGUUCAUGUCAUAAAUACCGCGUGAUGUUUGCCACCACCUCAGCAGACGAGCUCAGAGACCAAAUUACACAGGAGAUAUUCCGCCGGUCCGGUGGCCAUAUGCCCGCCAACCUUCGUCGCCAUGUGCAGUCUCAGCUUAACUCCCGUAUCCUGGGCAUAUUUACUGGCCAGGGGGCACAGUGGCCGCAGAUGGGCCUCGAUCUCAUCAAGACAAGUCCGCGGGCCCAGAAGUGGAUGGCCGAUAUGCAGCAAGCCCUCAAUUCGCUACCUCUGCAAUACCGGCCCAACUUCGACCUCAUGACUGAACUGGCAGCCCCCGACGAAGACUCACGAAUUCAUGAAGCUAGCGUCUCACAACCCCUCCGCACGGCCAUUCAGAUUGUCCAAACUAACCUCCUUCGUAACCUUGGGCUCCAAUUUGAUAGCGUGAUCGGCCACUCCUCUGGCGAGAUCGCCGCCGCGUACGCGGCUGGAAUGCUGGACCUCGCAGACACGAUCCGGGUUGCCUAUCUACGAGGUUGGGCGAUCCAACAGUCUCAGCACCAACAGAAACCCGGGAGCAUGAUCGCCGUGAUGCUCAAUUGGAAACAAGCAGAGGCAAUCUCCAGCCUCCCUCAAUAUGCUGGAAAGAUUCAAAUUGCAGCCUACAACUCCCCUACAAGUGUGACGCUGUCCGGCGACCGUGAGGCCAUCGACGAACUAGUCUGGUUGCUGUCUAGUUUGGGGCAAGCCGUGCACCCUCUCCAUGUUGAUACUGCGUACCAUUCGCACCAUAUGCAGUUGAGCGCGGAGGUGUACAGGCGGGCGAUGGAAGCUUGCAAAAUUCAACCAAGGAAGCCGAGCUCGCCGGUGCGCUGGUUCUCAACCGUGUACCCCGGGGUGGACCUUAGUGUCACGCGUGGUGAUAAAGCAAACGAAUACUGGGUAGCCAAUAUGCUGAAGUCGGUUUCUUUCUCGCAAGCCGUUGCUGUUGCGCUCCAAUCUCUAGAGACCAAAUAUGACUGUGUCAUUGAGGUUGGUCCACAUCCUGUGAUGCGUGGGCCAGUGAACCAGAUCCUCGAGGAGAUGCCAAGACCAACAGAUCUGCCGUACUUAUGCCUGGCAAAGAGAGCCCAACCGGGCAUUCAAUCGUUUGCCGCCGCGAUUGGGGAGCUGUGGACUGUUUUUGGUCCUGGGGGGCUUGAUGUACAGGCAUAUGUCAACGCAUUCAAUACCAAUGCUUCGGGAGCUGUGGUAAAGGGCCUGCCACGUUACCCCUUUGACCAUAGCCAGACCUACUGGGCCGAGUCGAGAUUAUCCCGAGCUCGUUUACAUGGUCGCAAUCCACCCAAUGCAUUGUUAGGUGGAGUGCUUCCGACUUCUGGCCAGGGAGAGCGCCGUUGGAGGAACUACUUACGUCCUGAGGAGCUUCCUUGGAUACAUGGAUAUAGACUGAAUGAAAAGUCCGUUCUUUCACCGGCAACGUAUGUCGCCAUGAUGGUUGAAGCGGCUAUUGCGGGGGCAGGGGCAUCUCCGGUCCAAGUAAUCGAGCUUCAUGAACUUGAAAUCUACCAAGAUGUACCUGUCCCGUCUGACCAGGCCGGGCUUGAGACACUGUUCGCUGUGGAGGUAGAAUCAGACGGACCCUGCGCAACAGGAAAAUUUGCUUGUCAAGCAGCAGUUCAUGGCGAGCUCUGUCGCGUGGCCUCCGGUCGAUUCAAAACUAUCUACGGCGCGCCUGACGCGCGAGCUCUGCCUGCACGAUUUCCACCAGCAGCGCUCAACCCGAUGGAUGUCAGCGAAUUCUACUCCCAUCUAUCUGCUCUCGGCCACGACAGAGCUGGUGAUUUCAAACGUUUGUCUACCCUUUCUUGCAACCGAAAAGCCGCCUCGGCCACAAUGACCCAUCCAGAUAGCAAGAAUCAGCCAGCCUUACACAUCCACCCCGCUACGAUCGAUCACGCAUUUCAGACACUCUUAGCAGCCUCAAUUUCCAGAAUGGUGGACAAAGUAACCAAGUCACUGUACAGAAUUUCAAAGAUCUCCAAUGUGGCCAUUAACCCGACUAUGCGACCAGCAGACAGUGAAACCCUGACCAUUGACGCCGCACUCCUUACCAAAGCUCCAGGCCAAAUCACCGGCGCGAUAGACAUUUUCCGGUCGAAUGAUGAGUGUGUGGUAUCUUGCGAGGGACUUCACCUGAAUCGAACCGCGAAUAACCCCACCCUACCUAGUUUGUUUAGCAGGAUGGACUGGAUACCUCUGCAACCCAGCGCAGCAGCAGGCGGGAAAGUGUUAUGCCGGCCGGGGGCCAUCAGUACGCUGAUGGGUCGUGAGCAGCUCGCUCUUCUGCAUCUGCGAGCUCUAUGUGAGAAACAUGUGCAGAAGCAUCGGAAGGGUCUAUCGGGAGCAAAGGCUGCGUUUUUAAACUGGGCUGACCAUGUCCUAAUCCAUGUCAGGAGGGGGACGGAUCCCGUCUGUCGACCGGACUGGUUGGAGAGAAAUCUUGAGAAUAUCUGCGCACCUGCACUUAGCCCUCUUGCAAUGAUUGGCGAGGGGUGGAAAAGUCUGUUUGACUCUGAUUGCGAGACUCAAGCUCCUUCUGUUGAGCUUCUGGACCAGUACUACGCCGCGAAUUUGCAGGACUUCGCCCCAUGGUAUGACCGAUUCGUGUCGCUGGUAGGACAGUUGGCAGCGCUUUAUCCUGAGAUGAAUAUUCUGGAGGUGACAAGUAGUGGAACGGAUCGAGUGACAAGCCGCGUGCUGAGGGAGAUUGGGACUGGCUACAAAACCUACACACGGGCAGUCGUCAACAGGUCGAUGAUAGCAACGAGCACGAAGCCACCUGCACAACCAUUUAUCCAGGAACAAAAUCUGGAAGACCAGUCAUUUGAACCAGGUUCCGUCGAUCUCGUCAUUGUACAUCAAGCCCUCUACUACACAAAGUCCUUAACCAACACCCUCACAAUGCUUCGCCGCCUCCUCAAAAAAGGGGGUUACUUCCUCGUGCUUGAAGACACCAAUCCCCACUUGAUUCACCGAAAUCUCCUACUCCCUUUAAGCGCUUGGCAAGAUAACGACGCAGAACACCCACCUCAUGGGCCUGUCCGCACCCGCGAGGCAUGGAACGAUCUCCUCAUCGAUCACGGUUUUAGUGGAAUUGAUAGCAUAACCCCAAUUCAUGACGAGGCAAUAUCCGGCCUCUCGAUCAUGGUAUGCCAGGCAGGUGAUCCCACGGCUCACCUCAUGCGAAACCUUUCGUUCUCAUGGAACGAGCAUCCCGAUUUGGUGAUUGCAGCGACGCGGAGUACGUGGAUGGAUCGAACUUGGCUCGCUGUUCAUGAAAGCUUUCGACAUAUGGUGCUAGUCGAGCAUUUCAGCAAGAUUGAAUUUACGAAGGGGAGUCCUGCGCCGGUGGUGGUUGUCAUUACGGACUCUUUAAAACCAAGAGCUUGUUCGAGCCCCGGAGAUGAGACGAGAAUAUUACGACGAUUGUUCGCUGGCGCGAGCAAACUACUUUGGGUUUCCUCCUGCUCUGACGCUGGAAUGCCCGUCUCCCUCUCCAAAGCCGUUACAGCAGGCCUUCUCUGUGGUCUCUCAAUGGAGCAUCCAGACACAAUGUUCCAGUACCUCGAGCUCCCAUCCAGUUCGGCCUCCAAGGAAAAUGUUAGUACUGUGACGACGCUCCUGAUGCAGCUCGUCCGUACUGAUCCUCGAGAGAGUUCAAGGAUAAAUACUGGUCCGCCUCUAGAGUCCCAGCUGCGACUGUCUGAGAAAGGGGUUCUGUAUGUGCCGCGCCAUACAUAUUCCGAACGUAUGAAUCAGCGGCGCCUGGCUGCCCACCUUCAAGUUGAAGACGUUGUUUUACUCAACCGGGACAAGCAAUAUUCUGUCCUGCAACUCGAACAUGUCGAAACUGUUGAGGAGCAGACUGCUCGCCUCCAUGCAUACCAGUCCACCCGACCUCUACCUGGUAUCUCCACGACCACAGUCGAAGUCAAGGUUCAUUUCUCAACAGCACACAGUAUCAAGAUUGAAGGGGUUGGGGUUUGCUAUCUCUCGAUAGGAUUAGCUUCCAGCCAUAACAACUCUGAACAUCCUCUGGCAGGAAAGGGUGACUGCUGCCGCGUCCUCGCACUCUCUGAGCGCAAUGCGAUGCGGGUACAUACUCCCCCUUCAUGGUGUUGGGUCGUACCGCCGUCUGUUUCUGCCGCAGAAGAACCUGGUUUCCUUGCGAAUACAUUGGGUAUGUUGAUCGCAAAAGGCAUCUUAUCUCAGACAGAACCUGGUUCUGUAAUAUUGGUUUUGGAACCUGAUGUUACCUGCCUCCACAUCCUAAAUUCCCUCGCACCCUUGCAUAAGAUCGAGAUACUAGCCAUCACUCACAAGGUAUCCGCCAAAGCCAAGAAACAGGGUGUGAUUUAUAUCCCUGAGCGUACGCCUACUCAUCGACUAAGGCAAAUGCUCCCAGUAUCUAAAGUGGGGGCGGUUGUUUUCCAUCAUGCCAACAAUGACAACGGGCAGAAUCGUAUCUGCAGCUUGUUUCCGAGUACUCGGCAUUUUGAUAUCGGUUCAUUCUAUCAGGCCCCAGCGACGACACAUUCACAAACACAUGUUCCUGCGUCCAGUAUACCUACUGCCCUAGAGAGUGUAUCUGGGUGGUUUUACCCGAAGGACACCACUUUCCCAGUAUGCUCUGUGACCAAAUUACUUUCUGGAGAAGUUGAUAUAGGGCCAGCAACUGUGAUUGAUUGGCUAGCUGGCGACGGGACGCCGAUCAGAGCACAGAUUCACCCAGCGAGCGAUGAGGUGUCUUUGUCCCCACAGAGCACCUACGUUCUCUGGGGGCUUCCCGAAGCCCUGGGAAGGGUUGUCGCCGAAUGGCUUGUUUGCCAUGGCGCGCAGCAUUUAGUUCUUGUCGCACCACUCUCUGAAAACGCCCAAUGGGUAUCCGCUAUUGCAUCUGGUGGCGCAGAAGUCAUCACAGUCCCCCCUAAAGAAGAUCUUGUACACACUGUGCUUGCGAUCCGCAGCCAUCCAACGUUGCCGUCGGUCCAGGGGGUUGUGUUCAACGGCGAACUCGACACUGGCAUCACGCCUGAUAUGGCGCGAGCGAACACGAUUGAGAGGGCCAAAGCCCUGUCGCAGUUCUAUGACUCCCCCAGUCUAGACUUCUUUUUGGGCGUUGGUCGCUACCCGGUCAAACAAGAUCCGCAACAGUACGCCGUAACUGAAUAUCUCUCAGCACUUGCUUAUCAGAGAGCAAUGUCCGGUCUUCCCGCAAGUGUACUUUGCCUUGGGCCCGGAUUGAGUAUUGAUGCCUUAGACGGGGACGACAUAUCGGAGAUUCUUGCGGAGGCUAUCCUGGCUGGACAUCCUGUUGGUAGUAGAUCUCGUGUGGUUACAGCUGGACUCUGCCCUGAUACCUGCAGUCCAGACUAUAAGGUAUGGGAAGCCAGCCACUCGUUCAACCCGGCAAUGUCUAAUAUGCUUGCCUUGUCACGGAGAGCAAGGCAAGAAAACCAUGUUGUUAAAGCAGACGCAGAGGACACUUCGUUGAGCAUUCAACUCGAGCGUGCCAAACAAACUGCGUCUGCCGUCACGGCUGUACGAGGUAUCCUGAGCCAGCACUUUACCAGAUAUCUCCAGGCGCUGCUGCAGUCUGCGGUGGAGAUCACCGAUGACACCCUGUUCAACGAACUUGGUGUUGACUCUAUAGUAGCGGCACAGUUGGGUGGAUGGUUUUCCAGGGAGGUUGGAGUGAAAGUUUCAGUUGUUCUUAUUCUUGCAGGGUCGUCCGUGGGUGAGGUUCUCCAAGAGGUAACAGAGAAGUUUAUUUACUGA